AUGGCUGGACAAAAGGCGUCGGAGAUGUUGCCCGUCGUGGGGAAAGUCAUGGAGCUCCUUCACCCUUCGACGCCGCCGAGGCAGGAGUGGAUUACAAUGCACAGGCUGAUGACCACUGCAGUUGACGCCUGGACCGCCCUUCUUCACUACAAGUCUCUUGGCAAUGAUGCGGCGUCCAGGGUUGCUUCUGAUAAAUCUGGUGUUCUUCUCAGGGGGCUGUUCGGUGCCAAGAAAUCGGUCCUUGCACAGCCCAGGCAGGCAGACGACAAAUACAUUGACGGCGUAUCCAUGCCUACGUUCCAUGCUGCGAUCGACGAGCUCAUCGAUUGCGACUCCAAGGCGAGGUACGAGGCCGCGAGGGCAGAGGUCGACAAGAUCUGGACGAUGCCGAUGGACCCUGAUGAUACCGCCAGCGGCAGCCUCAAAGAUUGCUACCAGGGCACGUUCGGCGGGAGCAAUUGGCAUGAUGUCAUCAGUGCCUCGGCGGACUACGACGUGAUUUCCAAGCAUGCUGCCAGAGCGAUCUUGUGCUUGGACCCCAUCAGGUUCAAGCUCGAGAGGGAGGGGCUGGACGUGAAGCCUCUCGCGCAGUGGGAGGUCGAGCAGGCGGCGAGGAUCGCCAAGGCGGUCGCGACCUCGCGCGAGGCAACGAUGAUGGCCAUCUUCGCGAAGUUCAAAGACAAUCGCAACACGUUGCAGUCCAAGGUGAGGCUCGAGAAGAAUGCCGCUGAGAAGUCUAAGCCGAGCAGCUGGGAGCACGUGCGCGCGUCGGUGAAGAAGUGCGCGGAGCGCGCCAUCAAGUUGCUCCCUCUUUAA